CGCUCCUGUCAUCUGGACUUCCUGCUUCGGUUUGUUGUAUUCAUUAGCACUGAUCAUGGCUGCAGAGGGUGAUUUUCUGGCGAGAUACCGCGCUGUGUCAAAUAAACUGAAAAAACGUUUUCUACGGAAGCCCAAUGUAGCAGAGGCGAGUGAGCAGUUUGGUCAGUUAGCCAAAGAGCUGAAGCAGCAGGACUGCCUCCAGUAUGCUGCCUUCUGUAACCUGGCCAUGGCCAGGUGCGAGCAGACUCUUUUUAACGCACCUGGAGAGGCUCUGGCAUUAACUGACGCCGCCCGCCUCUUUCUAUCAUCUGAGAAGGAGAAUAGGGCGCUGCAGGCCCCGGGCUUUGAUGAGCACCUUCAGGCUGCACUCAACUGUUACAGUUUUGCCAUCAAGGUGCACAUUGAGAUGAACCAGCCUGUGAUGGCAGCCAGCCUGUGUCUAGAACUUGGCAACGCGCUCAAGGAGAUGAACAGACCAGGAGAGGCUAUCGUUCAUUACCAGAGGGCUGCAGAGUUGCAGACACAGACGCCAAUUGAAGCUCUGCUGUCAAUGGGAGAGAUGGCCACGUGUAAAAUUCUCACCCGUGACUAUGAUGGUGCUCUGUCAGUGUUCACAGAGAUGCAGCUGAUGUGUCACGAGAGAGGACUGCAGCUUCCAGGCAUCAGCACCCCUGUUGGUGCAUUUCUGGACAUUGUGGCAAAAUGUGAGAUCUCCAGAGUACUACUGCUGAUGCUGCUUGAGCCCCCACCACAGAAGCUGUUGCCAGAACAUGCUCAGACUCUGGAGAGAUACGCAUGGGAAUCUUUUGACCCUCACAGCCAAGUGACCUUCCUGCCUGAGAAUGUUUUCCUGCUCCUGCAGUCCGUAGUGAUGGCGUGUCAGGAGAAAGACACAGAGUCCCUCAAGUCUCUUCAGACUGAGCUAUGGCCGUUUCUGACUGCAGAGCAGAAUCAUCUUCUCCACCUGGUGGUUCAGGAGCGCAUCACGCCGUCUGGCCAAGGCAUUUAGUUCAGUCAAGUUUUUACUCACUUCCUCUGGGAACGAUACUUUAUAUAAUGGAACAUUCCUGUUUCUGACUGGGUCUGUUGUAAGGCCUCAAGACGUGCUGUCUCAAUGUUGUAACUUGGACUCAGAGAAAUGCUCGCAAUAUGAAACUUUGUCCUUAUUAAGUGAAGUCACACCGAUUUAAAAAUAGUAAAGUAAUAAUAGUAAGAAGUAUUUUCUAGUUCUGUGUGUUGUCCUUUUUUGUCAGGAUGCUAACUUAAAUCAUGUGUGCUCUUCAGUGAACGCUACAUAACUGGACCAAUUCAUAUUUAUCAUGUAACUGACUUUAGUUGCAUUAACAUCAGUUUAAUAGAUGAAACGUGAACGCUUUGUGUUACAAUUUGUUUUAUUAAUAAAUGAUAUGGCUUAAAUUCCAAUGUAAUUACAAAGAAAACCUUCUAUUGCAUAGUUUUGAUUUAUGGUGAAAUGAAACACCAUUGUCUUCCAUCCCUGGUUCACUAUAUGUUCACUUGUACACACUGCAUGUACUUUUCUUAUGAUAGCAGCCAACUACAGACAAAAUCAAACAUGGCUAAAAAACAACACUCAAUACAAAAUGUUACAAAAAUAUAAAGGUUAAAAUGUACAUAGAUUAAAAAAGGAUACACUAUACUUCAGUUGUAAAAUGAGGAUACAUGAUUAAAACUACUUGUAUAUUAA